AUGGGCUCCAGCACGAAAAAGAAGAAGGAAAAGAAGAAGGACUUCCAGAAAACGAAACUGAAAGUCGGCAAAACCAAGGCAAAGCCUGACAACUUCACCGACACAAGUUUUCGCGCAAAAACCAUCACCCUCAACCAACAAUCCCUUCACAUCACCGCCCCAUCAUCAGACGCCCAAUUCACCCACCACGUCUCUUUGCUUUCUUCCAAAUCCGACACCCAGCGCCGCGACUCGCUCGCGCACCUGACCACCUCAUUCGUCUCAAGGCCAGUAGACUCCCCCCUCCCCCAGCCCGUAAGCGUCCUCCUGCCUACUCUCCUCCCCCUGAUCCUAGACGCAAGCUCCAGCGUUCGCACCCAGCUUCUCAAGCUCCUGCGCGCGCUGCCAGCCAACGACAUCCAGGAUCACGUCCCCCAGCUCCUGCCCUACAUCCGCGCAGGCAUGACCCAUCUUGCAGCCGACAUCCGCGUCUCGGCCGUCGAGGUGCUGUCCUGGCUGGUGUACGUCGCAGGCGCGGAGGUCGUCUCCUGCGCCGGGGGUUGGAUCAAGACGCUGAACUGCUUCCUGUCUGUGCUGGGCUGGCACACGGAGGAGUCGUCCAAGUGGUCGGGGAAUCGGGCUUCGUUCGGCAAGUCGGGCGCUAAGGGCCAGCCGAUGGUUAAGGUGUUGGCCGCGCUGGCGGUGUUCCUGCAGGCGGGGAUCGGGCGGCCGGAUGAUGGGAUGGGUGAUUCUUCCGACGAGGAUAGUGCGAUGGGGGUGUCGGGGUGGGAGUUCCCGUUGUGUCAUGCGGCGCAGCAUAUGGUUCCGCAGGCGACGGCGCCGUUUGUGCAUUUGAAUCUGUUUGGGCAGCCUCGCGAUGAGGAAGGGGAGAUGUACGAGACGCGCGAGGAUCGGUAUCGCGUGUUUGAGAAUCGGUUUUUGAGGGCUGUGCAGCGCGGUUUGGAGGGUGCGCGCAGUGAGGGCGGGGAGGUGGGAAGGGCUUCGGCGGGUGUGAGUAAGGUGCUUAAGGAGGCGAUUGCGUAUGGGCCGGGGGCGUGA